UAGCCUUCCGCUUUAUGCUGAUAUGGCAAACUACGUACUUUACAUUAAUUUUACUUGUUAAUAUUAACAUUUUCUUAUUGAAAAAAUAAUCAAGUUCAACAUCUUGUAAUUUUCAUUCGAUUGUGAUUUAUCGCACCUAAGGCAAUUAUUAAUUUUUUUUUAAAUAAUUAAACUGAAUAAGAAGAUCUAAGAAAUGGAGGUGCAAGAUAAAUGCGUGAUUUGCCAAAUCAGCAUGAAGCGGAAGACUAUAGUCCGCAUUUUACCGUGCAAACAUUUGUUACAUGCGUUAUGUUCAAAGGAGAUUGUGGAAUCUGGGUCUUGUCCGAUUUGCAGACAAGUUAUUACUGAAACUGAAGCGGUUCAGCGCAAAAAAUAUAAAGCCUACACGAGCCAGGACAGGAGCAGAAUUGUAGAAGCUGCAAAUAGGAACGAGGACUGGGUAGGAUUGGCAGGAUCAUUGGGCGUAAACUACAAAACGGCCUAUACAUGGGUGACGUCCGGAAGAGACAACUCGCUCCAAAGGGGAGGAAGAAAAGCGAAGUACCUUACAGACGGGGAAUUGGACAGUGUAAUAAAAUGGGUAGAAGAGGACUGCACGGUAACGCUAAAGAAAUUAAAGACUAAAGUUCGGAAUGCUUUCCAAAAAGAUGUCUCAACCUCCACAAUGGGAAAUCAUUUGCAAGGUAGAUUGUAUACAAUUAAAAGUAUACACCACCAGCCAGCAACCAUUAACAGUGCCGUAAACAAGGCCAAGCGCGCGGAAUACGUAACAACGUUGAAUUCAUAUAUACAAGCCGGAAAGCAAGUGAUAUAUAUCGAUGAAACAAACUUCAAUUUGUUCUGUCGUCGUAAACGGGGUCGCGCUCGCUCUGGAUGUAGAGCAGUUCAAAUACUACCAGCUGCGCGAGGACCAAACAUUCACCUGAUUGGAGCUAUUGCCACUUGCGUAGUAGCGAUGGAGCGCCGUCGCGGAUCCUUUAAAGCUUCGGACGCAUGUCAGUGGAUCCAUACAGUGAUACAGAAGUGGGUUGACUUGGGUAACAACCUCGGGGAUCUGGUUGUUGUAUGCGAUAACGCUCCGUGCCACUCCCACUUAGAAAGUGCAAUCAACAACUUUAACGCGACAGACAAAGCAACGCUCCUACGUCUUGGACCAUAUUCGCCAAUGUUGACUCCAAUUGAGAAUAUUUGGUCUAUGUAA